UCUUUGCCCAAGAACAGAGUUUUUCUUGAUCAUGUCACUUCUAACAGAUAUGAUUUGUAUCUUUUGACCGAAACCUGGUUAAAAGACCACCACUCUAUGACAUCUAUGCUCAAUCAUUGGAUCAAUGACUAUGCUGUGUUGAGGUGCGACAGGAGUCACAGAGCCGGGGGUGGAGUUUCGAUGUUCAUUAGGAACACAUUAAAUUAUACAAUCAUUAUAUCCGAGUCAGUUCCCAGAGGGUAUGAAAUCUUAGCGGCGGAUGUCGCUUCACCUGAAUUUCGUCUCAGGAUUGUACUGAUAUACAGACCCCCUUCCUCAACCCCUUCUUUUUCCGAGCAGUUAGCAAAAGCAAUUAGCGAUCUGUCAACUGUGUCAUUUCCCGUUAUAGUACUUGGUGAUUUCAACUUGCCGGAAAUCAACUGGGCACAGUGGGAUUCCUGGAAGGAAGAGACUCAUCCACUAUCAGUUACAUUUGCUUCGCACGGAUUUAAGCAAUACAUCAAAGAGCCCACCAGAGGCAGCAAUAUUUUAGAUCUACUUUUCUCAAACGAUCACGAGCUUUUGAGCAAUGUGUCUGUCAACUCAUCGAUUGGCCAUAGCGACCAUUUGAGUAUCUCUUUCGAAAUAAUGAGAAGCUUGCUUCCUACUGUACCAGUUCUGAAAAGGCUUUUUUCUAAGUGUGACUAUACAAGCAUUACAAACUAUCUUUUCAACAUUUUAUGGAUCGAAUCUUUUGAAUCAGUUCCUACGGUUGAUGAGAAAUAUGUUAUGUUUCUCUCAAUACUCAAUGAUGUUAUAGACAAAUUUGUUCCCUGGGCAUAUGUCUUUCCAAAUAAGUCCAAUUUACCAGCCUACCUCCAGAACAUGUUAGAACACAAAGAAUGUCUUUUACAUUAUGCAAAGUCGACUGGUGACUGGACAGAGUACAAGGCUUUUUCUUCCACGUUUUCGGAUAAACUAGUAAAGUUUAAUAAAAGCGUCGAAAAGAAAAUAGUCGAGUCUAAAGAAAAGCAUCGAUUUUUCAGAUUUAUGAAAUCUAGACUUCGUACCAAGGCACAGCUUUCUGAUCUAAAGGACAACGGAAGAUUACUUUUGAAUGACAUCGACAAGGCGAAUGCUUUUGCAGCUGUGUUCAGUAAAUCAUUUUUGCAGGACGAUGAUAAUCUGCCGCCAUUUUCACCGUCGAUUUCAAUUACUGCCAAACAAUAUGCCGACGACCUCAAAUUCUACAAAGUAAUCGAUUCUCCACAAGACUCAGUCUCAUUACAGAAUUCUAUUAGUAGUCUUGUUCAGUGGUCUGAAGAUUGGCAGAUCCCUCUCUCCUCGACCAAAACUUUUCACAUGCGUAUAGGUGCUUCUUCUGCCAUCUCUUCUUCAUACUUUAUAAAGAACCAAGAGAUUCGU